UAGAGAAGAGGUAGUGCCUUGUGUGUGUUUAACAAGUCAAGUGUGAAAUUUCCCCAAAUGAAGUAAUUUACGACGGCCGAACGAUCCACUUGGCCACAGACGACACACUGUCUGCCUGAUUUUUCUUCAUUUGUUUUUCCAGAGAGAGUCCAAACGAAGAAGAGAAUCCUUAAAAUUGGGUAUAAGAGGACAUUCGCAGAGCCUCAGAAGGCCAGUUUGAAAAAGUAACUACAAGGAAACACAACAAACAUUCUGCGAAAAUAAUUAACAAAUACAAGUGAAAAUAUCGGAAAAAACGAAAAAAUGUUAUAUAACCAAACGGAAUUAUCCCCAAAUAAUUGUUCAUAUUCAUCCGACGAAAUGUCCAGUUCAAAAUCAUCAACAUCGGGUUCGGGCUCCCCACAAUCCAACAAGGAACGUCGUCGCAUGUUGCGCACGCCAAAAUGUGCCCGGUGUCGUAAUCAUGGCGUCAUUAGCUGUGUCAAAGGUCAUAAAAAGCUGUGUCGUUGGCGUGAGUGUACCUGUCAAAAUUGUCAAUUGGUUGUGGAUCGGCAAAGGGUUAUGGCAGCCCAAGUGGCCUUAAGGCGCCAACAGACCACAUUGGCUGAUGAAAACAACUCCAAUGGAUAUGAGACUCACUCGGAUGAUAGUAAUUCGAGCCAAUCGUGUCAUCAACCAGCUGCAGCUGCUGCCUCCGCAGUAUAUCAGCGCACCCAGGAAGCUUUAAUUGAACAGAAAAAGAUCUACAAACAGCGAUUAAGGAAUGUUCAGCAAUCAACACUGUAUGCCAAUGCUGCCAUGGAAAAAUACAAUCAACAUUUUUCCGCUUGGAAUUCACCAUUGGUCGAGCGUAUACGCAAACGACGUGCCUUUGCUGAUCCUGAACUGAAUCAAGUUAGUGAUGUUACCCUCCUAAAUGCCGCUGUAGUUAGCUCCAUUGCCCAGCCUCAAACAAUGUUCUAUGAAUACGAAGCUCCCUAUCUAUUGCCAUAUCCAGCCACUACGACAAUCAAUAAUCUGCCUGUAUUGAAUCCCAGUUUCGUAAAUCCCUAUACCUCACCUGCUCAAGAAAAAAUCGAAAGUGUAGAAGAAAUCCCACAAACAGUGGUGGCCAAGAAACCCAAAUUAAGUUUUUCCAUAGAAGCCAUAAUGGGUAUUAAUUGAAAUCGCCAAUAAUAUAUAUUAGUGUUGUUGUUGUAAAUUUUAAAAAUAAUA